AUGGAAACCUUUUAUUGGCUUGAUUUGAAUCAAGAAAUUUUUUAUGUCCGACGCUUAAAACUUGGUUAUUUUAUUGACGAGGAAGGAAGACUAAGAACGUUAGCAGGCGAACCUUAUACGUUUGAGGUGAAAAAAGACAGGGAAUAUAAUGAAGGCCUAUAUGACACGUUGAUAGAUAUCCUUUGUGAAAUGUCAGAAGAAAAGCUCAAGAAGGAUUGUGGGUUGAUCAAAACUUUGCUACCAUUAGGCGCAACAGAAGAGGAUAUACACAGCAAGAUUUAUUUAAGUCAGGAUUAUAUGACAAACGAUAAAUUGAUUGUCUUUAUCCCUGGAACAUCUCACAAAGUUGGGAUUUGGUCGAGAAGAGUGCUCUCGGAUUCUUCUGUCAUGGAUGGUUCUAUGAUCACCUAUACAAAACGCGCCAGGGAAUUGGGAUUUUCGGUUGUAAUUACGAAUCCGAAUGAAGUGUUUUGGUAUAAGGGUAAGGGAGUAUUGAUUCUACCAAAAACGAGCGUUACGUUUGAUACUAUACCCGGAAGUGAAUCACCAGAGGCCCAUGUGAAUUAUGUUUUUAAAAACUUUAUCAUACCUUCCGCCGCGGAAAAAAUUGUCGUUGUCGCAAAUAGUUAUGGAGGUCAUUGUGCGGUUGAUGCCAUUCAAGAUAACUUCGAUGCUUUGUUAAACAGGAUUAAGGCAGUCGAAUUUACCGCAUCAACUCAUUCGAUUGAUUUUGUCAAAUCCGAUAAAAUGAAAGUUUGGAUUCGAGAGCGUUGUAGAAAUUGGAUUAUGUCCGAUCAGCCGAUCGGUCAAGAAGUCAUUGAUCCUAGGUUCGGUUGCAUUUCAGUUUCAUCAGAAUUUGUAAUUGAAUCAGGAUCCGAACUUAAUGAGUACGUAACUUCCACGGUCAUUGAUGAGAUAUUUAACUUCAUAGAUCAUCGAGUGAUCAAAGAGAUUUGGGAUGAUGUUGGAUCCGAUUUGGAAGAAGAUCCGGAAAUUUUAAGUCGAGAAGCGGAUAUAUUGAUUAAAAAUGAAGAUUCUUUUAAACUUUUUACAGACAACGAUGAGAAGGUUGAAUUUGAAGAAGUAGGUCCCGGUUGGUUAAAUUAA